GCUAAAAUGACCGUCACCGAAAAGACCUUUCCCAUUCCUACUCAGCUGUUUAUUAAUGGCGAGUUCAUCGAGUCGAGCUCCCCUGAACGAUUCUCUAUCUACAAUCCAGCCGAUGGCAGUCUCGUCACCGAUAAGAUCCAAUAUGCUGUAGCUGAGGACGUCGAUCAAGCGGUGCGCAGCGCUCAAGCUGCAUUCCGCAGCAAGGCAUGGGCUGGAAUCACAUCCCAAGAACGAGGUCGCAUUCUGAAACGCAUCGCCAAAGCCAUUGAAGAGAACAAGGAGGAGCUCGCCUGGUUGGACCGAAUCACCAUGGGCAAGCCCGUCACCAAUGGCGUGGGUGAAGCACAAUUCACAGCCGAUAUCUUCGAAUACUACGCCGGCUGGGCCGACAAGCACGCCGGCGAUACCUUCCCCGCCGACGACGGAUUCCUCAAGAUCGUGCAGCACGAGCCGCUCGGCGUCUGCGCCGGCAUCCUGCCCUGGAACGGGCCCAUGGCCACCAUCGCCUUCAAAGCCGGCCCGGCCCUAGCCACCGGCAACGUCAUGAUCCUCAAGCCGAGCGAGAAAAGCCCCUUCUCCGCUCUCCGCCUCGCCUCUCUCCUCACCGACAUCCUACCCCCAGGAGUCCUCCAAGUGCUCAACGGCGCCGGAGCCACGGGCGAGCUCCUCGCGCGACACCCUCACAUCCGCAAAAUCAGCUUCACGGGCUCCGGGCUCACCGGCAAGAAGAUCCAGCGCGCCGCCGCAGAAAGCAACCUGAAGCGCGUCACACUCGAGCUCGGCGGCAAGACACCCGCGGGGAUCUUCGACGACUGCAACCUCGAAAACGCGGUGCAGUGGGCCACGAAGGCCAUCACGUCCAACUCGGGCCAGAUCUGCAUCGCCGCGAGCCGCGUCUACGUGCAGGAGAGCAUCGCGGAGGAAUUCACCGCCGCGUUCGUCAAAAGCAUCCAGGCCUCGGCCACAGACAUCGGCGACCCCAAUAGCAGCGAGACCCGGUUCGGACCCCUCGCUGAUAAGGCGCAAUUCUCGCGCGUCCAGUCCUUCUUCACCGAGGACGCGGGCAAGACGCAGAUCCUGACGGGGGGCAAGCAGCACGGCGAAACGGGGUACUUCUUCGAACCCACGGUGCUGUAUAACCCGGACCCGCAGGCGGCGGUGUACAAGAAUGAGAUCUUCGGGCCGGUGGCGUGUGUGCGCACGUUCAAGGACGAGGAGGACUUUUUGCAGAUGGCGAAUGAUUCCGAGUAUGGGCUUAAUGCGGCGGUAUUUACGAAGGAUAUUAACCGGGCGAUGAGAGUGAGCUCGCGGCUGGAGAGCGGCACCGUGGGUGUUAACUGCGUGACUAUGCUGCAUUAUCAGGUGCCGUUUGGGGGAUCGAAGCAGUCGGGCUUUGGGAGGGAGCUGGGGGCUUAUGGCUUGAAGUCGUAUACCGAGCCGAAGUCUAUCUACGUGAAUCUGAACAGCUAGGUUGGUUCUGGGUCGCGGGGAAUAUAGCGAGGAAUUUUGUUAACAGGGAAACUGUCCACUUG